AUGGGCAAGAAAGCCAAAGCAGUGGGGCUGGUGGAAGCCUGGCGAAAGCACGGGGAGCGCUGGACCUCUCGCUACCCCUGGCUCAUUGCUAUGAAAGAUGAGUCUGGGAAAGUGCAAUCGCUGGGCUGCUCUGUUUGCUGUGAGGCACCUGAAAUCCAGGCUACGAAGAAUGCGUUUGCAAGCUGUGGAAUUGUUCAUACUGCCCAGACAUCUCUGUUCGAUAAGCACGAGAAAUCCAAAGGGCACCGCAGUCGCAGCGAGAGUAUGCUCCAAGGGCCCGUGCCAGUAGUCGCACCGCCGGUGCGUCAGUUUGCGGAUGUGCUGGAGGCAGUGUUCCGUGGAGAUACAGAGGUUGCUAGCUGUGGUCCCUGGAAGUUCCGAUGCAUCGUUUGGGCUUUGGCAGAGGCGCACAGGAACAGGCUUCGCUCCAGUAUAGAGCGGUCUGUGUGCAUGAGCAUACAACAGGAUGUCAGGAAUGGACAGCUGCUGGUGAAAUUCACUUCUGUCGAUCCUGCACUUGAAUCCACUGAGGGUGUUCUGGGCCAAGUUGACCUCGAGGACAAAUUUGGGCUGGAUUCCAAGAGCCUUGUCCAAGGAACGUUGUAUGUGUUGCACAAGUUGGCUGCCAGGGGACUUGGGCAGCCGAGCCGUGCCGAGGCUUCGACCCAAGCCGUGAGCCUGGACCGUUCCCUCGUGGAACAUAUGAAGGAAGUUGUGGAGGUUUUCGCGGCUGAUGCGGCGCCCGACGAACAGAGGGCCGGCAAGAUCUUGCGGACGUUCUUUCCGAAGCUACAAUUAGUGCAAUACGAUAAAGACCUGGUGACGGGACCCGAGGCUAUCACCCAGAAAAUCCGCUACUCUGGGGUCUUCCAGAAAAGGUUUCAGGCCGCCGUUGCAGACAUGACGAGCAACCAGAAGACACGCAUCCGGAACCUGACUUGCGCCAAGCAUAGAUGGGCCAGUGCAGCUCUUCCCUUCCGCAGAUCAGUCUUGUAUUGGGGUCCACUGAUGCGCGUGGCGCAGUCCAUUCUGGACGAGAGAGGGCGCAGCUCCCCAGAAGGAGCCAUUGCCCGCAAGUGGCUUCUCAGCCUCACGCCAGAAGUAGCCCUCCAGCUGGCACUUGUCGCAGAUGCCACCGACGAGACGUCGGAAGUCCUGCGUUUCUUCGACCGUGACAAGUUCAGCAGCUCAGAGACGACAUCACAGGUGGACAAGUUCCUGUGCAAAUGCACCUGGUUGUUCGAAAGGCAGGGAGCCUUGAAAACCGGAUUCACUGCAUUUAUGCUGAACUCUUUGCGCGUGCCUCACAACUUCCGCGUGGAUGGACAGAUGCGUACUAUUGCUGCACCGUCGCAGCAAGAGAUUGACAGGGCUAUGGGGAGGAUGGUGAAUUGGCUUCAGCUGGCUCGUCAUACAAUCAAGGCAGAGAUGCCCAGCUUCGAAUCGCUCCAACUGUUCCGCAUAUUCUCUUUGGAUAUGGAAGCGUCGCCAGAAGACCUCAGACGCUUCGCGGGUAUGCUUCAGCUGGAUCAUACGCAAUUCGUCCGACAGUACGAGGACAUGAGGCCGACGGCCAUGUGGCAUUUUCGCAACGGAUGUGCAAGCUCCGAAGCUGCGUGGGUGGCAUCAUUCAAGAAGACGCGUCAGCAGAGCACACACUCGGCCCUGCAUGCGGCACUUUGCAGAUACAUUGCCUGGCAGGCAAACACAACUAGUAUUGAAAGGGCUUUCUCCAAAGCCAUGCAGUCCACGUCAGCACGUCGAGGGGAUGUGUCCGAGCAUCGAGUUGACGACGAGGUUCAGCUCAUCAGCCUGGCCAGGAACCUCGGCCGUGCUCGCGCAACUGCACUGCCCAGGCAUGAGUCGUUGAUUGACGCUGCAAGGGCGUUGUGGUCAGAGCAGUUCGGCCCGCCGCGGGAGAGACCACGACUUCCAGAGCACCUCCUCGGGCAGAAGCGCAAAUCCGUCAAGGAGAACACCGAGGUUGCUUUCUUGAAGAAGCGUCGCAUGGAUGUUGCUGCGGGGGCGUCCGAGUCCGGCAUUGACUCUCGCACAGCCUCCACUGCGCGCGCGCGAGUCGUGGGCCAGGAUGGGUGGGAACAGGCUCAGGAAGAGGAAAAAAACUUCACUCAGAAGAAGCUUAUGAUCAGAUUCUUCGAGGCAGUUCUUGAAGGUGCGGUACCUUGGGAGAGUUUGUCCCAGCGACUCAGAGAGCACUACCUGGCAUACCGCGCCCACGAUGCGAAGCUGUCUGCGAAUGCCCUGACCAAGAAGACAUACAAGUUCCAGAGACCGGCCUUUCCCGACUUGACUGGCAGAACUGUUUGGUGGCCAGAGGACACGCAGACGCAUGCUGGGGAGAUGAAUUUGCGCAGGCUAGCCCGAGCAUUGGGCAUGGUGGUGGCUGAGUGCCCGCUGCAGGCCCAGGUCCACGUAUGGCUACAACUGACCUCUGCGGAGGCCAGGCAAGCUCACUCUUGGAAAGUAGCGCUUCAUGGGAAGUUUGUCAUGGACUUGGUAUGCCUCCUCUCGAAAGGACAGCGUGGCGGUUUCCUCACGCACCUACCGGCCAUCAUGGUGAAGCGUGUCGUCUAUAUUUCUCCUGGCUUUGCACGCGAUCAUCCAGAGAUUGCUCACGAUGUGCUCUAUUUCUGCAAGCCUCACUUUCGGGCCGGGCGCAGCGACUGGAGGAGGGAGCGAAGUCUGCCAGACUUUUUGCGAGAGGUGCAAAAGGUCACAGCUGCUAAGCAUCCGACCCGAGUACUGGCCUUUGGCACAGAGCAAGACAGAGCAGGAGAGCUUGGGAACUUGAAGCUCUUCCUCACAGCCUCAGAUUUGCCUACGUUGCAGGUCAUUGAUGUGAAGCGAUCCAGCUGCGGAUUAGACAAGUAG